AUCGACGCUAACGAACAGGGCAGAAUUUAAAAAUGAUGCAGUGUUGAGAGUGUGAGCGUCAGGGAGAAGAACACACAUUUACACACACACACACACUUUAGUGGUUUACACGAGUUUAGUGUAAUUUUAAUACUAAUACAGGUGGGUUGGAGUUAAAGGAGAUCUACAUGGUUUAGGUUUGUUUAGACACAAAGAGUUUUUAUUCAAAUCCGAGUGCUGAAAGAUCUUCUGGAAAACAUCUGAAGCGUUGGAGAUCUUCUUCUUUUCUGACCCCCGGACGCACCGCUUCCACUGAAACUCGGACCGCAGGAGAAAUGAGCGCUGGCAUGGCGAAGGCGGCGGCGGCGGCGGUGUCGGUGAAACCUUCCUCACACGUCGACCCCAAAUCCGCUCCUCUGAAGGAGAUCCCGGACAUCCUGGUGGACCCGCGGAACAUGAAGCGCUACAUGAGGGGACGCUUCCUGGGUAAAGGCGGCUUCGCCAAGUGCUACGAGAUCACGGACAUGGACACCAAGGAGGUGUUUGCGGGGAAAGUGGUGCCCAAGAGCCUGCUCAUGAAGCCGCACCAGAAGGAGAAGAUGAGCACCGAGAUCUCCAUCCACAAGAGCCUGGACAACCAGCACGUAGUCGGCUUCCACGGCUUCUUCGAGGACGACGACUUUGUGUUCGUGGUGCUGGAGAUCUGCAGGAGAAGGUCACUCCUGGAGCUGCACAAGCGCAGGAAGGCCGUAACCGAGCCCGAGGCAAGAUACUUCAUGCGUCAGACCAUCCAGGGUGUCCACUACCUCCACAACAACAGAGUCAUCCACCGUGACCUGAAACUGGGCAACCUGUUCCUCAACGAUGACAUGGAAGUGAAAAUCGGCGACUUCGGUUUGGCGACGAAGAUCGAGUUUGACGGCGAGAGGAAGAAAACGCUGUGUGGGACACCAAACUACAUCGCCCCCGAGGUGCUGUGUAAGAAAGGCCACAGCUUCGAGGUGGACGUCUGGUCCCUGGGCUGCAUCCUGUACACGCUGCUGGUCGGAAAGCCGCCGUUCGAGACAUCUUGUCUGAAGGAGACGUACGUCCGCAUCAAAAAUGAGUACACCAUCCCCAGGCACAUUAACCCCGUGGCGUCGGCGCUGAUCCGGCGGAUGCUGCACGCCGACCCCACGCUCCGCCCUUCUGUCGCCGACCUGCUCACUGACGAGUUCUUCACCUCGGGAUACGUCCCGCUCCGACUCCCGACGUCCUGCCUCACCGUCCCUCCUCGGUUCUCCAUCGCCCCCUCCAGUCUGGAGCCUGCUCUUCACCGCAAACCUCUCUCUGCUUUCAAUAAAGACACCGACAGUCCGCUCGAGAAAAUGGGGAAGGUGGAGCAGCUGCUGAAAGACGAGCCUCCACAGAGAGACUCACCUGAACAACCCGAAUGCCACCUGACCGACAUGCUGCAGCAGCUGACGAGCGUGAACGCCACCAGACCGUCCGAGAGAGACUUCGUUCGCCAAGAGGAAGCCGAGGAUCCGGCCUGCAUCCCCAUCUUCUGGAUCAGCAAAUGGGUCGAUUAUUCUGAUAAAUAUGGCCUAGGGUAUCAGCUGUCCGACAACAGCGUUGGGGUUUUGUUCAACGACUCGACCCGCCUAAUCAUGUACGAGGACGGAGACAGUCUGCAGUACAUCGACCGCGUAGGGGCGGAGUCUUACCUCAGCGUACGCUCCUACCCCUCCACCCUCUCCAAAAAGAUCACUCUGCUGAAGUAUUUCAGGAACUACAUGAGCGAGCACUUGUUGAAGGCGGGUGCCAACAUCACGCCGCGCGACGGGGACGAGCUCGUGCGCCUGCCCUACCUGCGCCACUGGUUCCGCACGAAGAGCGCCAUCGUGCUCCACCUGAGCAACGGCACGGUGCAGAUCAACUUCUUCCAGGACCACACAAAGCUGAUCCUCUGCCCCCUCAUGGGCGCCGUGACCUACAUCAAUGAGCGUCGUGACUUCUGCACAUACAAGAUGAGUCUGAUCGAGGAGUUCGGCUGCUGUAAGGAACUCGCCUCGCGCCUCCGCUACGCCCGCAGCAUGGUGGAGAAACUCCUGGCCAGCAAAAACACAGCCACCACCACCACCACCACCACCACCUCGUCCUCCGCUCGCUAACACUCAGCACACCGGACUGUGUUCUCACACACACACACACUUAUCUAUGAACUCUGAGCCUCCCAAACUGUACAUUUUUCUUCGUCUGUCGUUUUUCUCUUCCCACUUAUUUUUAUCUCAUGAGGAUGAAAAGCUCUGCGUGACCACGCCCUGGACUGACCACGCCCCCUGUCUGCUGUAUCAUGUACUUUUCUUUUCUUCUUGUUGCUCUGUUUACAUGUUUGUUUGUUUUAUUCCUCAUCUCUUAUUGGUCUGUCUGGUUUUAUAAAGUUAAAUAGAAUUGUAUUAAACUUCAGUGUAUUCAAUUGAAUAAAACCUCCUUUUUGGUGAAA